GGCGGCGCGGUGUCCUGCAAUGCUGUUGUCGUCGGUGGCGCGCGAUCUGCUCGUGAUAGUGUGUGUCGUGGGCCGUGUCGCGGGCCCGGUGUGUGUGACGGCGGCGGUGACGACGAGCUUCGCGUCCGAAGAGGCCGACUACGACGAUGCCGAGGGGUUCGACGACCACACCCCGCCCGCCCCCAAGUUCGUCGGCGACUCCCAUGCCCUCCUCCAGGCCGAGAAGCAGUCGAAGGUACAUUUAUGGAAGCCAACCAUGGUACAGAAUGUGUGGGAGCUGAGCGGCCUCUUCGAAGGUGACAUCAUGUUGGAUACGUUCGCCAGGAAUGGACUUCUCAACCCAGAUGCUCGAUGGCCUUUCGGGGUAGUUCCUUACCAUAUAUCCUCGGAUUUUUCGGACUACGAGAAGGCGGUGAUCAUGUCGGCAGUGUCGGAGUACCACGAGAAGACGUGCGUGCGUUUCCGGGCGUACCGAAAGUGCGACCACGACUGGGUGGACAUCCGGGGCGACCGGCCGGGGUGCUGGUCCUACGUGGGGCGACGCGGGGGCGGGCAGGUCCUCAACUUGGCCCCCGGCUGCAUCCACCACGGCGUCAUCGUCCACGAGCUCAUGCACGCCCUCGGCUUCUUCCACCAACAGAGCGCUGUCGAGAGGGACGACUACGUCCAGAUAAUAUGGGACAACAUACGUAAAGGUGAGGAACCAUGAUGGACUCUCAGACAAGGUGAACAUUUUAGCAUCAUAAUAUGUGAUGGGAUAUGUGA